AUGUCUCACGGGUUUACUAAGGAGCAGGUGGCUGAGUUCCACGCAGCUUUCGAUAGGUUUGACAAGAAUAAGGAUGGUCACAUCAACGUCCAGGAACUUGGUGAGAUAAUGAAGCAACUGGGUAAGAACCUCCCAGAGCAGGACCUGAAGGCACUCAUAUCCAAGCUGGACACUGAUGGUGACGGCACCAUCAGCUUUGACGAGUUCUUGGCGGCCAUGGAAAAGUACAAGAAAGGCCACAGAGCAGGGGAGCUGCGGACUGUGUUCCAGGUCCUCGACCAGGAUGGCGAUGGCUUCAUCACUGUGGACGAGCUCAAGCAAAGCUUGGCCAAGAUGGGCGAGCCGCUUUCCCAGGAGGAGCUGGAGGAGAUGAUCCGUGUGGCUGACGAGAACCAGGAUGGGAAGGUGAACUAUGAGGAGUUUGUGCGCCUUCACAUAGAGAACUGA